UGUAUAUUGGAUAUUGUGAUCACAAACUAGUAUUUCAAAUAUAAACGUUUAUAUCUCCAAAUUGAAUUGAAUUUUACAUUUAAAGUCGAGUCAAUUAUGGGUAUUUGAGUAUAAAGUGGAUUAUAAUAGAAAAGUUGAUAUAACUCACCAACAGAUCUGGAAUACAUGCAAAAUAUUUGGCAUAUUUGGUGUUGACUUUUACAGAACGUUCACGUCGAACGAAAACGAAGAUGCUUGUUUAUGAACUGUUGGCUUGGAUUUGUUGCACAACAGUUGUUUCAGGACAAUUUAUAUUUCAGCCGCAAAAUGUUAUAUUAAGAAAUAUAUUAAUUGACCACAGUACAGAUAAUGUUUAUGUUGCUGGGGUGAACUAUAUAUAUAGACUGAACAACAAUCUUACAAAACUUAAUGAGGUGAAGGCAGCAUGUGGUCGAAAAUCUUUUGCUAAUGCAAAUCAGGUUAUAAUGAUUGAGAGUUUAACAGGUACUCGAAGGUUGUUUGCGUGUGGUACAUGUCAGUAUGGUGUAUGCACAACUUAUAGUAUGAACUUGGCUUCAAAAACUCAACUUGGGGAUACUAUUGGUGUUGUUCCAAGUUCCACAAAUUUCAGUGCUGUUGCCCUGGAAGAUCUUCAAAAUAAUGGCAUUCUUAUCGCUAGAACUCAAACUACCGGCGGUCUUGACACAUCAAAGGAUUACAUAUUGAACACUUAUAAUACAAAAUCGUGCAGUGGUAACUUGCGUAAAUGCAUUGGAAUGAAGGCAGGCCUUCAAUUGUCCAAGAAAAGACCAAAGAUGUAUUACACUCUUGCAGUUAUUGUAGGAAAAUUUAGAUAUUUUUUCAGUCGAAAUAAUGCUGAAGGCAAAAAUAAGGCUGGAACUAAUGUGGCAAGGUUGUGUCAAUCUUAUGUAACAAUAAGUGACAUUAAAACAUAUGCGGAGAUGCCAUUGCAAUGUGUUGGAAAAGAUGGAACAAUUUAUAACCAACUUGUAGCAGCAAAAGUUGUUCGAUCUAAUGAACAGUUUGGAAGUACUGGAAAUAAUGAUUCAGUUUUAAUUGGUGUGUUUCAUCAGUCAAGUACAUCUUCAAAGUUGUCUAUUUGUACAUUCACUUUCAAACAAAUCAAUGAGAUAUUUAUGAAGAAUAUUGAUAAGUGCUUCACUAGCAAUUCAGUGCAUCGGAAUAGAUAUGAGGAAGAUCUAAAGUGUACAAAGGAAGAUGGUAUAGAUCGUUGUUCUAAAGAAGCUAAAAACGAAAGAAUAGUUGGCACAAUAAUAUGUGAAAAUAAAGCCCUUGUCACAUGCACUGAUUGUGGUUCAAUAACAUCUAUGGACACUACAAACUACCAAGGAAAUAUUAUCACUUUUCUUGGAGGAAGGAAUGGAAAACUCAGUAAGUUUAUCAUUUAUUCCAAUUCAUUGGCGCGAAGAUACGAGACUUCAAAUAGAAUACCUGGAUCUGAAAUUUUAUCUGUGAAAUUUGACUCUAGUGGGACCGGUGUUUAUCUUCUGUCUGAGAACAAGGUUCUGAAAAUUCCCGUUGAAGAAUGUAGCAAUCGAACAACAUGCGAGAGUUGCGUUAAAAAUGAUGAUCCCUAUUGUGGCUGGUGUACACUUUAUGCUAAAUGCACAACUUAUGAAAAGUGUCCAAAUUAUGGGUCUCAUUUGAGAUAUGUUCGGAAACCCACUGAAUGCAUUGGUAUUUCCAGCCUUAGUCCUUCAUUGUUACCCCUAAGUGACACAAGAAUUCAAAAAGUGAACAUAACCAUUGUUAAUCUUCCCGACACGCAGAAGAAGGACGCUUAUGGCUGUUCUGUUAAUGAUGUAAUAAUGGCGUCUACUUUAAAUGGUGAUGUAAUGGAAUGUUCUGUGCCGACCUCAAUGCAUCUUCCAGAAGCAAGUGCUGAAACAGGUUUUGUCAAGAGUGAGGUAGCUGUAUUGUCGAAUGAAACAAAUUCGAAGAUAGCAAUUGCUAUGCUGGAGUUUUACAACUGCUCAGCAAUAUCUAGUUGUUUAAGAUGUACAACGGGUGCUUUGAGAUGUUCUUGGUGUCAUUACGAAGCUGAGUGCUCCGGUGACAUAACUACAACCUGUCCCAAAUCAUUUGCUCCUUGGGUUUCAAAUGACACAUCCCGACAUCAAUGUCCACAACUUGAAGGACAGAUUUUGUAUAUCCCAGCAAGUGUUGAAAGAGCAGUCACCGUGAUUGGAACAAGAUUACCACAACCUGAGUCCCCUCAUGGUGAAUACCAGUGUAUUUUUACUGUUGGUGAUUUGUCAUAUUCAAUCAAAGCUACUUGGGUUAAUAGCACAAGUAUUACUUGUGCAGCUCAGCAGUACAAAUACCGUGCUAAAGAAGAGAUUGAAGUGCCUGCAAAUAUUAGCGUGACGUUGGGUAAAAGUAACGUUUUGCCAGCGAGCGAUCAGGUUCAAGUGUAUUUGUACCAAUGUCGAAGAACAGCAUCGCUCUGCGGUAGUUGUGUUGGAUAUAAGAAAUCUGAAUAUCAUUGUGGUUGGUGUGUCAACACAAAAUCCUGUUCUGUUCACGAUGGUUGUCCUUCAGGACUGUGGGUGAAACCAAAAGCAGAAUGCCCAGGAAGUCCAAAAAUAAAAUCGUUUUUUCCAAAAACUGGACAUGUACUGGGAAAUACAACAUUAACAAUAAAAGGGACAGAGUUUGGUGGAAAAUAUGACGAAGUUAAGAGUGUUACUAUCGGUGAUCUUCUGUGUAGAACAAUCGAGAAAGAUUACAAGAUUGCAGUAAGGAUUGUAUGUAUAACAAGUAAAUCGAGCAAAACUUUAUCAGCACCAAUUAAAGUCAAUGUUUCCGACAAGGUGGGCUUUUCGAAAGAAGAAUUCCGUUAUCAAGACCCUCGUAUUGUAGAUUAUGAACCAAAAAUAGGUCCGAUCUCAGGAGGCACCGCUGUAACUAUUUACGGCAAUGACCUAGAUACUGGUGAAACCAUUCUUGUGCGUUUUGGUCAGGCGAAUUGUUCAAUUUCGAGGAUAUUAAAUAAAAAGAUAACGUGUACAACAUCAGAGUUUAACAAUGCAACAAGAAAACGACGUGCGAUAUCAAAUGAUGGAAAAUUGACGGUCACAUUUGACGGCCUAAAUCCAGUGUACAGCUCAAACCUAACAGGAUUCCAAUAUGUCCCUAAUCCUGUUGUAACUGGUAUUUCACCACGUUUUACGUUCCCAAGUUCAUACAGACAAGUCAUUGUCAAUGGCAGCAACUUGAACGGUAUCCAUUUUCCUGAAAUGAGAUUGACAUUCCCAGACAGGUCUUCUGCUAAAGCGUCCUGCUACAAGCCAAACUUCGAUAACAUGAUCUGCCCGUUUCCAAAUUUAACAACGAUCGUGAAAGUUAAAACUAAAACUGAAAUUUCAUUGUUUCUGGAUGGAAUAAAAACCUGGGAGGAUCUCAGUAGUUAUCCACAGUUCAACUCACUUAUCAUUGUGCCAGAUCCAAUUAUAUACAAAUUUUCUGGUAUACAUAUUUUAAAGACUGAAAGACUCGGGAUCGAGGGCAAACAUCUCGUAGUGGAAGAAAAAAAAGAUUUGUUGAAAUUUAUCAUCACGGUUGGUGGUCAGAAAUGCAAUAUUACCGGCAUGAUUGAUGGAUCCACGCCUUCUCGGAAAGUGAUACUUUGCGAUGCUCCUGAUCAAAAAUACUUGCCAAAACAGGAAAGUUUUGAAGUCUUGGUCAACGUUUCUUCAAGCACACUUCGUUUCAACGUUGGCAGACUCAAGUAUGAUCAGGCUUCGAGCAAGAGUUCCUCAAACAUGGAGUUUAUCUACAUCAUCGUUGGUGUUAUUUGUGGUGUGUUUUUCAUUUUCAUUUUAUUGAUGGUCUGUUUUGUUCGUCGCAAGAGACGACAAGAAAAACAGAAAGAACGAACAUAUGAAUUGCAAAUAAACAGUUUGGAAUCAAAGGUCGCAAAAGAAUGUCGUGAAGCAUUUGCUGAACUCCAAACAGACAUGACUGACUUCACGACAGAUCUUGGAGAUGGAUGCAUUCAUUACUUUGACUUCAAAAACUACGCAAAACGUGUUUUGUUUCCGGGAGUUGAACACCAUCCUGUCAUGGAUGAAAAAAUGGCACAAGAAAGUCCCAAAUGGGACGAAGCUCUUCGAACGUUUUCGCAGUUAAUUGGCAACAAAAACUUCCUAUUAAUUUUUGUGAAGACAUUGGAAAACCAAGGCCAGUUUAAAAUGCAAGAUAGGUGCAACGUCGCUUCUCUUCUUGUUAUUGCUUUACAAAGUAAAAUGGAUUACUGUACCGACAUUCUUCAGCGUCUUUUGGCCGAGUUAAUACGGAAAUCUAUGUCAAAAAGUCAUCCUAAACUUUUGCUAAGGAGAACCGAAUGCGUUGCUGAGAAAUUACUCACAAAUUGGUUGACAUUUACCUUAUCAAACUUUAUCAAGGAUAAGGCUGGUAAACCUCUGUUUGUGUUGUACAAAUCCAUCCGAUUUCAAGUAGAAAAGGGUCCCAUUGAUGUGAUGACAAACGAAGCUCGUUAUUCACUCAGCGAGGACAAAUUACUGAGACAAAGUAUUGAUUAUAAUAAAUUAACAGUUACAGUGGAAUUUGAGGAUAAUCCGCCAGUUCAAGUGGACGUACUUGAUACAGAUACCAUCGAACAAACGAAGGAAAAAAUAAUGGAAGUUUUGUUUAAGAAUGUGCCAUUUUCAUCUCGCGUUCCAAAGGACGAGUUAACGUUAAAAUGGAUUGAAAGUCCAUCAAAUCACACGAUUCUCAAGGAUGAUGAUGUCACAAGCCUUCGUGAAGGGGAAUGGAAACGACUAAAUACGCUUGGUCAUUAUCAAAUACCAGAUGGGACAUGUUUGCGUCUUGUCAGACGUUUUGCGGCUAGUUUCGAUACUUCUGAAUUCCACAAUGCGAGCUUACCCAAGGUUUCUUACAGCCCAUCUUUGUACAGUACGACGUCAUUGGUACAAAGUAGUAAACAUAAUAUUAACGAUGCAGACAGAAAACCAUGGCACUUGUCAAAACACGUCGACUCAUACGCACCAGAAAAAGAUGACCCACGACACAGCAAAAUGUUGUCAGAAAUAUAUCUCACGCGACUCUUGAGUACCAAGGGUACAUUACAACAAUAUGUUGAUGACAUGUUUGACUGUAUCUUCCCUGCAUUUCGGAAGAAUGAACGUCCUCCAUUGCCCAUCAAGUUCCUUUUUGAUUUCUUGGAUGACCAAGCAAAAGAGUUGAAUAUCACAGAUCCAGAAGUCCUCCACACGUGGAAGAACAACAGCUUACCGUUGAGGUUCUGGGUGAAUCUGAUCAAGAAUCCAAACUUUUUAUUUGAUGUUUAUAAAGCACCAAUUGUUGAUUCAUGUUUGAGUGUUAUUGCUCAGUUGUUCAUGGACUCUUGUUCCGUCACUGAUCACGUGCUUGGGAAAGAUUCUCCAUCAAAUAAACUGCUGUAUGCGAAGGAAAUACCUGUGUACAAACAAAAAGUUGAAAGGUUUUACCAGGAGGUUUCGAAGGCACCGAGGUUAACGGACGAAGAAAUUACAGAGUUUUUCGCAACUCAUUACAUUGAAGACUUUAAUGUAGAUAACGCAUUGAAAGAAUUGUACAAGUAUGCAGCCAAGUACCAAGACGAGCUCCAAGAGGCACUAGAAGACGCACGUUAUCCACAGCUCGCAAGCAAGCUGGAACAUGUCGUCGCCAUCUUUUCUGAUGAUUAGAACAUCUUUUUAGAAACGCUUUUAUUCAUAAUAUGUAUAAUUAUACUAGUUAUUUAUGCAAUUAGAUAGUUAAGUUUUGUAUUCAUAAUUAGGUAACUUUAUUAUAUUAUCCAUAUUUGAGAAACUGGAUAGUCAUAGUUCAGCAAAAUAUGAUCAGGAAACUGGCAAAGUACUAAAACUGCACUCCCGUAUUCAUACGUUGGAAUUAUAAAUUAUGAUGAAGACAAAGAAGUAAUUUAUAUACCCCUUUAAGUAUGUAUACUAUACUAUACUUUAAGUAUGUAUAUAUAACAUGUAACAUCUCUAUAGAAAACCAUUGCAAAUCUGCAUGAUUAUGCGAGAAAAAAAUCACGCGGGGAGAAUUUUUUUCGCAUUGUUCUUGUAAGGCCUUUGUUAAACGUCGCAUUUUGAUCACGUUGAAUGCAAUUCAAUGAGAUGAUGAUAAACCUCCGUAACAUCUCAUCUAUUUGAAUUCCGUUCGACGCGACCAAAAUUCGACGUUUAACCAGGUAUAAGUUAGUGCAUGUGGUCAAAUUAAGGUUAAUAUAAGGUACUAAGGAUUAAUUAAGUUAAUAAAGUUUAGGUUGAUAAUAUACUAUUAGUAAAAGACUUAAGGCUAGGUGCUGAAACUGUGUAGUCACAAUGGUCAAGUGGAAAAUAUUAGCAUAAAAGUAAUACUAGUAUUCAUUUUUUAAAUAUAAAAUAAUGUUGUUGGGUUUCACCGUAUCUACAUAUACUGGGUGUGUCAAAACAGGCAACGCCUUUUAAAGUAUUUGGAACCGUGAAAGAUGACGAGUAGAAUUACAGCGUUUUUUAACAUCGUUUUUGAAAACUUGCGUUCGUAGAUUAAGUAAUUUACGUACAAUAGCACUAUAGCAGGUUGAUGUUUAGUCAUCUUAUUUUUGGGACAUCUUGGUCCCUUGGACACCUAUAUAUGGUUAUUGGCCUAUGUCG